AUGGAAAUAAAGUUAAUAAUAUGACUUUCGAAUGCAUCCCACUUCUGUUCGAAUAUAUUACGCGGUACCACUGUGCGUAUGAUCAUUAACUAAUUACCGUUACAUCAGCGUAUAAUCCAGAUGUUACAUGCGAACAGUGCUGGUUACGUCUCCAAGUCGAAUCGGGAAAGCUCUCAUGAGCUGGACACACGUUGCCCGAGCGUGCAGGUGCGUCGGGAAAAUAAGGAGCUGAAAGAACACGUGGAACGCCUGCAGAUUUUAUUAAUAGACGUUUCGGUGUUUGAACAAGAAAAGCGCACAAUGAUGGAGGCUUUUCAUCAGUCCUGCGCAAGAGAGCAGGAACUGAAAGAGCGCUUAAAAGAGGAGGAGAAGGAACGUGAGUGCAUCGAGGACAUGCUCGGGGAUCUGAGGUACAUCAAGGGAAUCCAGGAACGCAGGCAAUUAAGGUUUAAAGAUCUGAAGCAAGCCGUGUUCACAGCGAAGUGCGUCAUGGAGGACAUGCAACAUGCGCUCAUAGACAGAGAUGACGUGAUUCGGAGGAGAAAUUUAGAGAUUGUGGAACUAGUAAACUUACAAGAGGACUGUUUCUUGCACGCCGAGGAAACCGCAAAGCUCAUAGGGCACGCAAAAAGACAGUUAGGCAAAAGGGAGCAUACGCGUACGCACGGAACAGUGCCUGAGGUGAUGGAGAAGAUGAAGAGGAAGAAGACUCCUCCAGCUGCAGUGAGAAUGGUGCAUGGUGAAGUGAGUGACACCAGAGUGCAGGACAAGCUGAUUACACUGUGCAGCUUUUCACUCACACUAUUCUUCCUACUCCUUAUAUUUUCCUUCGUUAUACCAGAAGAAGUCUCGGACAUCACGUUCCCAGAGCUCAUCGCGGACAGUGUGAAGAGUCUUCUAGCACCUUUCAUUACUGUUCAUCAUACAGACUACCACUAUUAAACUGAUUCCAAAACAGAAAGAGAGAGAGAGCGAGAAAGAAAGAGAGAGAGAGAGGAGAGAGAGAGAGAGAGAGAACUGCUAAUGGUAUCAAGGAUGUCCCACUAUGACAACUAAUAUGCUGCUGAAAUGUCAAACUUUAUGCACAGUCAAGUGAUGACAUUAGCGAAACGUGUCAUAUAGCCUCAAUGUUACGCAGUUUGAAUUAUGUCUUAAAAUAAGAUUUAAUACAGAUUACAGUUACAUUGUUGUAAUAAAUUGUAAUAAAACUGAAAAUUAAUAUACUUUUGUGAAUUUAAAAAAUAUGCCACCCCGAACAGGGAGCAGCCAAAAGAACGACAACAACAAUUCAGCUCCUCAAGAAGCCUUCACUCGAUCCAUCUAUCUUAAAAGAUUUCCGCCCUAUAUCUGUCUUACCCUUUACAGUACUGACUCUGGAGAUUCUGUGGUUUAGUGGUUAGCACGUUUGCCUCCGCACCUCCAGGGUUUGGGGGUUCGAUUCCCACCUCCGCCUUGUGUGUGUGGAGUUUGCAUGUUCUCCCCGUGCCUCUGGGGUUUCCUCCGGGUACUCUGAUUUCCUCCCCCGGUCCAAAGACAUGCAUGGUAGGUUGAUUGGCAUCUCUGGAAAAUUGUCCAUAGUGUGUGUGUGUGUGUGUGUGAGUGAAUGAGAGUGUGUGUGUGUGCCCUGCGAUGGGUUGGCACUCUGUCCAGAGUGUAUACUGCCUUGAUGCCCGAUGCCGCCUGAGGCUCCCCGUGACCCAAGAAGUUCGGACAAGUGGUAGAAUAUGAGUGAGUGUGUGUUUUAGUGUGUAUUAUAUUGUUUAAUUCUAUUUUGCUUUCAUUAUCUCUUGUCUUAGUAUCAUCUUUUCUGUGUAUUUUUACUAACACUCUUUUAUUGUACAGCACAUUGGUCAGUCCUAUGUCUGUUUUAAAUGUGCUAUAUACUGUAAAUAAAGUGAACUUGAACACGAA